GCAAGCUGGGGAGGAAAGAGAACAGUUUUACGCCUUUGCUUUCUCCUGGCGUUUGCACUGUUAAGGUGGCGCAGUGAUUCGCUUGCAGUAGCCUAGAAGAUUGAUCGGGGAUACCUUAAGAGGUGUCAUUGUAUUUGCUCAGCUGCAUCGUGGAGGCUGAGGCAUGGGAUUCUCCAUCCAGUGACUCCAGAAGAAUGCUGUAGGCUGCCUCUCUCCGCCUGUGCAAGGGGCAACCGGACCACUGACCAUCGCCGCUUGUAUCUGCACGUUUUCCCUUGUCUGUCACAUUGCAACUGAGAAAAUGAAGCUGCCUCCUUCAGCCAGGUAAAGAAAUGACCGAUCACGCACAGUCAGAACAGCAUGCUGAGGAGACGCAACCUUCUCACUACACUGCUCAUUGUCCUACCAUGGGCUCUACUCCUAACACUGUGGCACCAAAACCCUACCAGCCGCUACCUCACCCUUUUAAGAAAGGAGAUAGGUGACAAUUCCACGGUCAAACCCCUAUUCAGCAAUGUGACACCGAGCAAAGAUGAUUCCCUCCAAUGUGUCAACCAGUAUCCCACCCACGAGACUCCAGUGGUGGUUAGAACAUAUGUUUAUUCGAGACCGCCACGCUGGAAUGAAGACCUUCCAGUUAUCUAUGUGAUUACUCCCACCUACACCAGACCGGUUCAGAAGGCUGAGCUUGUUCGUUUAGCCAACACUUUUCUCCAUGUCGUCAAUUUGCACUGGAUUGUGGUGGAAGAUUGUCCUAGAAAAACAAAACUGGUGGCUAACCUGCUGGAGAAGGCGGGCCUGAACUUCACCCACUUGAAUAUUGAGAGUCCACAUAACCAAAAAGUUGGCAUAUCAAGGACACCUGAGGUCACCCCUCGAGGAACCGUGCAGAGGAAUCUUGGCCUUCGGUGGCUUCGAGACAACCUCAACGCUUCAAACCCUCCGGAAGGAGUCGUCUAUUUUGCAGAUGAUGACAACACAUAUAGCCUUGAGGUCUUCGAAGAGAUGCGAUACACAAGGACAGUAUCCGUCUGGCCGGUGGCUUUCGUUGGCGGUUUGAGAUAUGAGUCUCCUGACCUUGGUCCAACAGGGCGUGUGAUCGGCUGGAAAACAGUGUUUGACCCUAAGAGGCCUUUUGCCAUUGACAUGGCGGGUUUUGCCAUUAACUUACGGUUAAUCCUUGAAAGACCACAUGCCAACUUCAAGCUGGAAGGAGUAAAGGGAGGAUACCAAGAGACAAGUUUACUGAAAGACCUUGUCACUAUGGAUGGACUGGAAGCCAAAGCCGCCAACUGCACUAAGGUUUUGGUCUGGCACACAAGGACUGAGAGACCUACACUAGUGAACGAGGGGAAACGGGGCUUCACAGACAUGAACAUUGAGGUGUAGACGCCGAGUGUGUCACAACAUAAAGAAGAAAAAACUGAAA